GCGGUCCGGUCUGGAUUUUGGACCGAUCUUUUCGGUCCAGUCUGGGUUCGGUUCUAGCUUAAUUGGUCCGAUUUUCGGUUCUUAAAAUUCUAAUUUUUGGUCUUUGAUCCGGUCCGGUCUUGGACCGAUAUUCAUGAGUAUUUAUCUAGCUAGUUUACAAUAUUUUUAAAUCACAGCUAGUCAGCUACACUUUUUAAAUAGACAAAUGACAAAACUACCCCUAUAUAAAAGAAAAAAAUGACAAAAAUACCCUUGACUUAGAUGCCUCUCUUUUUCAAUACCCCUCUUUGGAGUUUUUCACGUUUGUGCUUAGUUCCCGCUGCACCACCUCUCCCUCUCAUGCUCUCCCAGUCUCCCUCCUCCAUUGAAGCGUACUCUAAUUCCUCCAUUGAAGCGUCUUGUGAGCUGUCUUUUCUCCAUUAAAGCACUUCCUUAGUGCUGCUGCUUCAUUAUCGACUACUGCGAAAAGCUAUGGCAAUCGAUUGUCUUAUACUUGGUGCUGGGCAAGAAGUUGGGAAAAGCUGUGUUAUAGUCAAUAUCAAUGGCAAAAAAAUCAUGUUUGAUUGUGGAAUGCAUAUGGGUUAUCGCGACCUUCAACGUUACCCUGAUUUCUCUCUUCUCUCCAAGUCGGGUCAUUUUGAUGAUAUUCUCUCCUGCGUAAUUAUUACUCAUGCUCAUUCGGAUCAUAUUGGAGCACUUCCUUACUUCACUGAAGUUUGUGGGUUUUCAGGACCUAUUUAUAUGACGCAUCCGACAAAAGCAUUGGCUCCUCAAAUGUUGGAGGAGAGUUGUAAACGUAUGGUUGAUCAAGAGGCUGAUGUAGGGCAAUUUACUCCAGAACAUGUCAAGUCCUGUAUGGAGAAAGUUAUAGCAGUCGACUUGAAGCAAACUAUCUGGGUUGAUGAAGAUCUUGAAAUUCGUGCCUACUAUGCUGGUCAUGUUAUUGGUGCUGCAAUGUUUUAUGCAAGGGUGGGAGAUAAAGCGAUUGUCUACACAGGGGACUAUAAUAUGACGCCUGAUAGACUUCUUGGUGCUGCUCAAAUUGAUCGUUUGCAGUUGGAUCUUGUCAUAACCGAGUCAACUUAUGCUACAACAAUACGUGGUUCUAAAUUUGCUCAUGAAAGAGAAUUUCUCAAAGCUGUACAUAAAUGUGUUGAUAAAGGGGGAAAAGUUCUUAUCCCAACAUUUGCUGUUGGGAGGACUCAGGAACUCUGUAUAUUGUUGGAAGAUUACUGGGAGCGGAUGAAUUUGAAGGUUCCUGUAUACCUUUCUGGAGGUUUGACAAUCCAAGCCAACACAUAUUCCAAGAUGCUUACUAGCUGGACUAGUCAAAAGAUGAAAGAGGCAUGCACUGCACGCAAUGUAUUUGAUUUCAAACAUGUAUUCAGUUUUAAUCGUUCUCUGAUACAUGCUCCUGGUCCUUGUGUUCUCUUUGCAACGCCCGGGAUGUUAAAUAGUGGAUUUUCACUUGAUGUUUUCAAGGAGUGGGCAACUUCAGAAAAUAACCUUGUUACUUUGCCCGGGAAGUGUGUAUCAGGAACUAUAGGGCAUAAAGUCUUGAUGUCUAAAAUACCUACAAAAAUUUAUUUGGACUCCAAUACUCAGAUUGACGUGCGGUGUGAGAUUCAUCAAUUGGCAAAUAGUGCUCACACGGACAGUAAAGGAAUAAUGGAUCUUAUGAAGUUUCUGUCACCAAAGCAUGUGAUCCUUGUUCAUGGGGAAAAGCCUAAAAUGGCAAAGCUAAGUGAAAGAAUACAAGCUGAACUCGGAAUUCCUUGUUAUUAUCCCGCAAAUAAUGAUACAGUGAGCAUUCCAUCAACUCACUAUGUCAAAGCUGAUGCCUCUGCUUCAUUUAUCAACAGUACUUUAUGUCCAAACUUCAGUUUCAAAAACAGUGCUUCGGAAGGUGAAUCUGAGUUAGGUGGUGAAGAUAAAACUACAUCAAAGCUGGAGAUAUGUGAUGCAAGAGUUUCUGAAGGACUUCUAAUUAUCGAAAAUAAUCAGAAAGCAAAUGUUGUUCACCAAGAUGAUUGGUCUGGGAGCGCAGAAACAUGAUCUACUGUUGAUUUGCAGAUUUGGGACUGAAUUUACAUUCAGAAUAUCAGUCGAGAUUCUUUGAACAAACUCUGCUUGCUUGUUCUGUCCAUUCCUCUCGUGUUUUGGGGCCAUGAUUUGCAAGUUAAAUGUGGAGCAUCUUAUCUGUAGUAUUCACAUUAAUACCAGAGUUCCAAAGAGAAAUGCCUCUAUGUCUUUGUUCCAGAAGUCGAAUCAUUAUUGUUUUUCUUGGCCCCGACCUAUCUGUCUACUGAGUUUGAAUUUGAAAGAUCACCUAAAGAUUGGAAGAAGCUUUGGCCAUGGUUUUUAAUUUAACUCUCAAAUCAUAACUUGCAGCGGGUUAAAGAAGCUGGGGUGGGUGAGCAGCCUGAGCAUUUUACAAACAGAGAGAAUUUUCCAAAGUGUAAUUCGAUUCUACUAUGAGAAUAUCUGUUGAUCUGUUCCUAUAAUAUUAGUAACUUUUAUCAGCAGAGGGCUGAUGUGUUGCUGUUUUAUAAACAUGUUUUUACAGCAAGACAGUGGCACUCUUGCAGGAUAUCAUGCUCAACUUGUAGACCAAUUGUUUUAGUUAGAGGCUUAGAGCUGGUAGCUGAGUUAACAUGACUUGACUUGACAGUGUGUAUUGAUUUAGGCAUACAGAAUGUAAUAAAUCAGAGUUGAGAAUUUGAGAUUUUUCGACAUAACUAAUCCAAUCUAUAUAUUGGCCGAGUUUGUAUUGUUCAAAUGUGAUGAUAUGCCUGGCUUGUUUGAUUUGAAAUUUAGUGACAUGAAUGUUUUUACACAAAAAGAAGAAAAAAAAAAAAGAGAGAGAAAGUUCAAAUUUAGCAACAUUGAGGAUAUAGCCGUUGGUGGAGUUUGAUUUUGAGUUUUAGGCAUGCUGCAUGGAUUUGGCGGACAAUUGUAGUGAAGGGGCCUCACUUGAAUUAUUAUUGGAAGUCUUCACAUCUUAUUUAUCUCUUCAAAAAUAAUUUUGGGAUGGGGAAGAAGUAGCAUUGGUGGGGAGGUCCCCAUUUUCUUUUUUUAUCAAAUGAGGAGCUUUUCAUCCAAUGGAUGUGA